UAUUAUUAGUGUAAUUAUUUUCCUUGGUCCAACCCACCUUACCGUCCGUCGUCCCCUUCCGGGUGUACUUACUCCGACCUCAAGCAUCUCCGGCGAGCGGCGGCGGCCGCAUCGGCCGAUGGAGAAAUCUCCAACUAAACCAUAGCAGACACUAGCUUCCUAUUCCAUCCUAAAUGGCCCAUCAAAUUCAUUCAUUUUUCCUCUCAUCUCUCCUUCCUCUCCUCGCCAUGGUUUCGUUCUCUCUCCUCCGCCUUCCUCCCGCUUCCGAUCCCACUCCUACUGAGACACCGAUUUCUCUUCUGAUCACUGGGAAUGAAACCCUAACUAUGAAUUACAUAGUGAGAUUCCGGGAUUACAGGAUGACGGAUGACCACCAUGCCUACCUUGAGGAGAACCUCCGGUUUUCUGAGGGCUGGCGGUGGAUCGAGCGGAGGAACCCGGCUUUGUCGUUUCCGACGGACUUUGGUGUUUUGGAGAUCGGGGGAGAGCGGCGGUUGUUGCUGAUUGAGGAUAUCCAGAGGUUGAAAAGGGUUAAAGACGUGUUUGCGGAUACGCGCUAUUCACGUAGCUUGUUCUUUGAUGGACGAGGGAAACAGGGCUUCGUGAGUGAGAAGAAACGGCCUGGGAAGAUCUUCACGUCUAUGUCGUUUGAGGAAGAAGGGAAGAAGAGCAGUGAUUUGGUCGGGAAUAAUUCAUUUAGGCUGGAGCGGAAGCUCAUGAUGGAGAGAUCCCAAAUUACAUCACUUUUUGGAGCUGAAAGACUAUGGGCUAAGGGGUUCACUGGCAGUAAAGUCAAAAUGGCAAUUUUUGAUACAGGCAUUCGUGCAAAUCAUCCCCAUUUUCGGAAUAUCAAGGAGAGGACAAACUGGACAAAUGAGGAUACUUUAAAUGACAACCUUGGGCAUGGUACCUUUGUUGCUGGAGUUAUUGCUGGUGAAGACGAAGAGUGCCUAGGAUUUGCUCCAGAUACUGAGAUUUAUGCAUUUCGUGUUUUUACAGAUGCUCAGGUAUCUUACACAUCAUGGUUUCUGGAUGCAUUUAAUUACGCUAUUGCGACCAACAUGGAUGUGCUCAAUUUGAGUAUUGGUGGACCAGACUACUUGGAUCUUCCUUUUGUGGAGAAGGUGUGGGAACUCACAGCAAAUAACAUUAUUAUGGUUUCGGCUAUUGGAAAUGAUGGCCCUUUAUAUGGAACACUUAAUAAUCCGGCUGACCAGAGUGAUGUUAUUGGAGUUGGUGGCAUUGAUUACAGCGAUCACAUUGCCUCUUUCUCAUCACGUGGCAUGAGUACAUGGGAAAUCCCACAUGGAUAUGGUCGUGUAAAACCAGAUGUUGUUGCUUAUGGCCGAGACAUAAUGGGUUCUAAAAUUACAACUGGCUGCAAGAGCUUAUCUGGCACAAGUGUUGCAAGUCCAGUGGUUGCGGGUGCUGUGUGCUUGCUUGUAAGCGUUAUUCCCGAAAAUGCACGUAAAGACCUUCUAAAUCCUGCUAGCAUGAAGCAAGCUCUAGUAGAGGCUGCUACCAAACUUUCAGGUCCCAAUAUUUAUGAACAAGGUGCCGGAAAACUUAACCUGUUGGGCUCAUAUGAAAUCUUAAAAGAGUACAAGCCGCGAGCCACCCUCUUCCCCAGUGUACUUGACUAUGAAGAUUGCCCCUACAUGUGGCCCUUCUGCCGUCAGCCUCUUUAUGUAGGUGCCAUGCCUGUUAUCUUCAAUGCCACCAUUCUCAAUGGCAUGGGUGUGAUUGGCUUUGUGGAGUCGCCACCAACAUGGCACCCCUUUGAUGAUGUCAGCAAUCUACUUAGUAUUCGAUUCACAUAUUCAGAUGUUAUUUGGCCUUGGACUGGGUUUUUAGCAUUGCACAUGCAAAUUAAGGAAGAGGGUUCACAGUUUUCAGGUUUCAUUGAGGGCAAUGUGAUUGUCAAGGUAUACAGUCCUCCUCAUCGUGGUGAGAAAGAUCGAAGGAUCAGUACGUGCUCACUUCGCUUGAAAUUAAGAGUGGCUCCAACACCUCCGAGAUCCAGAAGAGUUCUCUGGGACCAGUAUCACAAUAUAAAAUAUCCACCUGGAUAUAUACCAAGAGAUUCUCUAGAUGUUCGCAAUGAUAUUCUUGAUUGGCAUGGUGAUCACCUUCACACAAACUUCCACAUCAUGUUCAACAUGCUCAGAGAUAAUGGAUACUUUGUGGAAAUACUUGGCUCACCUUUCACUUGCUUUGAUGCUAGCCAUUAUGGAACUUUGUUAAUGGUGGAUCUUGAAGAUGAGUAUUUCAGAGAAGAAAUUGAGAAACUAAGAGACGAUAUUGUUGAUGGUGGGCUUGGUCUUGCUGUAUUUUCUGAGUGGUACAACGUAGACUCAAUGGUGAAGAUGAGGUUUUUUGAUGAUAAUACCCGAAGUUGGUGGACUCCAGUUACUGGUGGUGCAAAUAUACCAGCCCUUAAUGAGCUUUUGGCCCCACUUGGGAUUGCCUUUGGUGACAAAAUCUUAAAUGGAGAUUUUUCUAUCAAUGGCGAGCAAAGCCAUUAUGCAUCAGGAACCGACAUUGUCAAAUUUCCCGGAGGUGGAUAUGUUCAUAGUUUUGAAUUACAGGACAAUUCAGAAACUCGUGGAAAACAGAAUUCUGGGAUGACCAAGGAGUCCUCAAUCCUUGGGCUUGCAGAAAUUGGUGCAGGGCGAGUUGUGGUGUAUGGAGAUUCAAGUUGUCUUGAUAGCAGUCACAUGGUAGCCAAUUGUUAUUGGCUUCUUGAUAAGAUAAUAGAUUUUACCAACAGGAAUGUCAAAGAUUCUGUUCUUUUCUCAGAUUCCUCUAGAAUUAGUUUUCCCAUGCAUGAAAAUGAAAGCAGGUUGCCCUCUCGAAGAACUGAUGUGAAUUUCUCUAUAUAUUCUAAAGUAGUUGGCCGAGAGUUGAUGUGCUACCAAGACUCUAGAUUUGAGGUUUGGGGAACAAAAGGAUAUGGUGUUCAGCUGAUGGGUAGGAACAGAAAGUUACCAGGAUAUCCAACUCUGACAUUAGAUGGAGACUUCAAUAUUACAAAGAAAAGAACUGAAUCAAAUAAAUAUCAAGCUAGCAAAUCAGAGGAAAACUCUUCUGGGUCAAUUGUGCGGAACAGCUUUAGCAAGAGCAUAGACUUCUUUGGUUUGUUGAACCAUGAGGAGGUUGAUAUUCCAAUGUUGGUCGCAACGCAGUGGAUGAUUCCAGCUUUGGUUGCAAUGACCUGCCUUGCGGCAUACUUGAGUUGGCGAAUGCGACAAAAGCGGCGACGUCGAAGAAAGGGAUCUACAUCUGGCCGGUCGUCAAAUUUAGUUUAGUUCUUCAAUAUGUUGAAGAAUGACAUAUAUCUUGCAGUGAUGGACCGCAUGUCAAGGUUGAUUUAACAGAGGAAUUUUCUUAACUGCAACUGGUCUUGUUAGAGGUUUCAACUGCAAGGUAAACGCAAUCAUGAUUUGAGCUUUUCUGUGAAGAUAGGAAUGUUUUUGCAAUGUUUGUUGUAUUAUGUUACCAUUAGCAGAGCUAGGGAGCUGCAAUUUUGUAAACAAAAGAGCUGCUUUUCUGUUUAUGAAUUGUUUAUAGGAAUAUAGAAAAGUGUUGGUUUAAUGAAGAUGUUAAUUUGUGUACUUCUGAUAUUGGAUUUUAAAAGAAAUUUGAACUUUUGUCUA